GCUGUAUGAUCAUUAAAGACUUUUAAAUCCUGCCAUUGCUUGCAAAGGUGAAUCCUGUAAAGUAAAGAGAAAAUUAUUAUAAACAAGGAAGUUGGUAAUUGGUAUCAAAAUAUUAAUUAGGACAUAACCUCUAACUAUGAAUAUGCUACGUUUAUUUAGCUACUCUAUGUACGAUUUUAGUCAGGUGUUGAUUUUUUAAAAUACCAUAGAAACGAUUAUUUUUUUUAAGCGUGAGUAGCAAAUAUUAUUCCGUUUAACUGGCAACUAACUUGACAACGUAUUAAAUAAUUGUUUUGUAGAUAGAAAUUUUGGUGAAUUCAAGAGCUUUGCAAAGAUGAAAAAAUUUAAAAAGAAAAUCUACCGAAAAUAUGAAGAUUUUUACGAUGCGAAAGAUUUACGCGAUCCAGACACUUUUCCAAACAUAAACUUAACUAUCAAUGAUUUUGAUGCGCGGGGCGGUGUGGUGAAUCCCCGUGCACCCUGUCUCGUAACUACUAUCGAUCCAAGCUACGUGAAGGAUGCACGCACGCAACGCUUGGCUAGGAAAUUUCGAAUGAAAACCGAUAUAUUAUUGUUACGUGAGAUAACACGUAAAAAAUUUAUGAUCUACUCAACACAACAAAUGUAUUUGGAUAAAGAACGCGAGAAAAAACAACAGGAUGACGAAUAUCAGGGGCUGCUGAAUUUUUAUGAAUCCACAGAAAAUGCAUUGGAAACAGUUGAAGCGAACGCUUUUAAGGAUAUGACAGCUUCACUUGAGAAAUGGCACGAUUUACAAAAGUGCACUUUAGCAGAUGAGCUAAAAGCGGCGAUAGAAGAACACAGGCGCGCUUUAGUCGAAGCGCAUGAAGUUUAUCAACGAUUUUUAUAUCUACUUAAAUUAAUUGGUUAUUUUGAUGAAAUCGACGAUGAAGCGGUUGGCGCUGAAGGUGACAGACUAAUUUUACCUAAGGAGAUUGCUGAACUCAAACCACAAAACGAAAGCGAAAGCGGCAUGAAGCAAAUAGAAGUUGUUAGAAAAUAUAUGGAUGUGGUUGUGCGUCCAUAUUUGGCUAAAAGGAAUCACUUGAAUGCGGAUGUUUGGUUGAAGGGGUUUGAUCUGACUAGAAGCAAACUUACAAAUUAUUAUAAACGUUACACAAACUUGGCGCUGUUAAACCACAUUGUUGCAUUGGUAUAUGAAAAAUUCCAAAAGACACAGGCACGUUGCAAAAUCCCACCAAUGCUUAAAGAUCCCAACUUCAUGAAGGAACGUGUCGCAGCAUUAAAAUUGCAGGCAGAGAAGACUUUGGUGAAAUACGAGCAUAAACAAAGUCGAGACAAAUUGUCCUUAAAACUCAACGCCAUAGUACCAAUAAUUUUGAAGACCUUACAAAGAUCUGCAAUGAAAACUACGCAACCAGAAAAGGCACCAGCCCAGUUGAGUGACAUCGAAAACGCAGUGGGAGAUGAGAACCAAAGUAUAAAAUCUUUUCAAUCGCGACAAGAGUCGGCUUUAAGCUCGUGCCGCGAUGAACCAGAUACUACGCUAGCUAAAAUUGCGCUAAUCCAAGCACAUCUCUUGUGGCUACUUAACGAAUUGGAUGACAUGCCACCAGAACUUUGCAAGGAAGUUGAGAAACGUGUGCGAUGGCGCUUUAAAUUGGCGAAAGAAAAGUCACGCCGAGCUUUGGUUGAGCAAACACGUUUGCAGAAUUGGCUGACACAUUUUAAAAAGCAUGAAUUGCAACGUCAAAGGGACACAGCUAUUUGUGUGCGCCGAAAAAUAGUACACGAAUUGAAACAAUAAAUUAAAAAAUUUACAAUUUUAAAA